AGACCAAAGCUUACCGAAAAGCUCUUCCUCUCUCCCCGCAGGCGUAACAAAUUGUCGGCUCUUCUUCUUCUUCUUCUUCUUCUUCUUCUUCUUCUAUGACCUGUGAUUCUUCAUAGCGUUAUCUAGGGUUUACAAAUCCAUGGCUUCUCUUCUCCUUUCAAAUCCAAUUAUCUCAUCUUCUUUCUUCGGCAAGAAUCUUUCGAUUAACGGAAGCUUAAGGAAGCCGGCAGUGUGUCCGUUGGCGUUUAGAAGCCCUAGAUGUGCUGCUGCUGAUUCUACAUAUGGAGGUAAUGUUGCGAGAUAUCCUCGGAGUAACGUUUGGGAUCCUUACAAACGUCUUGGUAUAACUAGUGAUGCUUCUGAGGAAGAAGUGUGGAGUUCUCGGAACUUUCUUUUGGAUCAGUAUGGUGCUCAUGAGAGAAGUGCGGAGUCGAUAGAAGCUGCGUUUGAGAAAAUACUUAUGAGAAGCUUCGAGAACAGGAAAAAAACAAAAAUAAAUUUAAAGACACGGCUGAAGAAGAAGGUUGAAGAGUCUCCACCUUGGGUUCAGAGUUUACUCACUUUUGUAGAGCUCCCUGAAAAGAUUAUCAUUCUCAGAAGACUGUUUCUGUUUACGUUUAUGGCGUUUUGGAGUGUGAUGAACUCUGCCGAGGGUGGUCCCGCAUUCCAGGUGGCACUGUCUCUGUUUGCUUGCAUAUACUUCCUCAAUGACAAGUCAAAGAGCAUAGCAAGGGCAUGUGCUAUUGGAUUUGGAUCUCUAGUGGUUGGAUGGAUUUGUGGUUCAUGUGUGGUGCCCAUGAUACCUGCAGCCCUUUUGCAACCAACUUGGACCCUGGAGCUCUUGACUUCAUUGGUAGUAUACGUCUUUUUGUUUCUUGGAUGCACCUUUCUUAAGUGAAACCCUGAUUGUCCUUGGACUACAUGUAUGAUUUAUAACAGGAUUAAUUGCCAUUUGCUUUAGUUGAUCUAUUAUGUUCUUAUAUC